GAAGAAUGGCGUUUCUUCGAGGACGACCAACUUGGAAGGUGCUUUGUACAGACGAAAUCGGAGCCACUUCCACCUCGUCUAGGCACGCCUGACUCUGUCUUCCAUGAAGCUGUGUUUUGUGUGGGUCAACGCAGCUCUGCUGGUUGGUCGUGUCUACAGUCGGCUACAUGUCCCGUCGUCACCGACUCGAAUGGAUGAUGAAACACCUCUCGAGCCGCCUGACAACAUCUUGCCACUUGUGGACCUGCCGCCGAUGGAUUUCAACUACUUGCAGUGGUUUUGCGAAUCCGUUCCGUUCGACCUCGCGGCCCCACACCCUCCAUUGUCCAACGAUCCAAUCUAUCGAGCUAUGUGGUCCGCAUGCAAAGCGUACUUUGGCCUACCGUAGCAUCCCCUUGAGCACGAUUCUCUUCAUCGAGCACGCAACCAAUUCCUGACACCCCGUCGUUGCCGGCUCGACACCGCCAGCGCAACAACGACGGCAGCAGCUGCAUGACAAACCACGGCCAACAACUGCCUGUGUCCUACAAAUUCACCAAAGUUUGUAAACUUCGAUCCGUCGAAGUUGUGACCCAUCGAAGUAAUUCGUUUAAGUACGUCUGAAUCUCUUGUCGUUUUACAAUGGCAGGGAGGUGAUCUUCUUAAAUGUCAGCCCUCUCGAAUCAUAAAUGUAUGCUUGAAAUAUAACAUAGAAUGUCUAAAA